CAAACGUGCGCUAAUUUCACUUGCCGGUUGGCUGCGGAUCAUGACCAUAUAAUUCGCAUGCGCAGUACAGGAUGCAGUUACUAAUACUAAUUACUUUUUGCAAAUUUUUUGUUUCAUAAUCCUCGGAAUCACGUUCGUUAGUGUAUGACUAUAUCAUAAAAAUGGCGCCUUGGUUUUCUCGGUGAUACGGAACUGCAUGCAAAUCAAAUCGUUGUGCACAUCAAACCAGACCAAACCGUAUUAGCUGGUUUUCUUAGUCUUCGUAUUACUGCCGGCAGCAUCGCAUAUCAACUAUACAAAAUGUUAUUUUCGCAGUUUUUAUCGGUUUUUUGGCUGUUAGCGGAUCGCAUUGCGUUUUGGAGACUGAAUUUGCGUGUGCCCGUGGAAUCUGCUGCAACGGCUUUUUUAUCUAAUGCCACAGAUGAUCACCAAGGAAGCACUGAGGAAUUCGACUUCAUCGUCGUCGGAGCAGGAACAGCUGGAUGUGUUAUCGCUAGCCGAUUGGCGGAAAACCAUAACUGGAGAGUCCUCCUACUGGAAGCUGGUCCCGGAGAAGAGUUUAGUCAUACAUUUCCUUUUGUACAUAUUGCGGAUCCGCAGGCGACCAACCUCGACUGGAACUUAAUGACCGUCCCGCAGGAUUAUAGCGGCGAAGGCUUGAUUGGUCGAAAAAAUCUUAUGUCAGCUGGCAAAGUGGUGGGCGGCACCAGUUCGAUCAACCAUCUGCUAUACAUUCGAGGGAAUCACGAGGACUACAACAUCUGGGAACGAGAGGGUGCCGAAGGCUGGGGAUGGGAAGAUGUCAAGCCAUAUUUUCUCAAAUCAGAGCGCAACGCUAAUCCCGAUUAUAUACAAACCGGGCUUCACGGUCGACAUGGACCUUUGCGAGUUGUGGACAAUCCUAAGGAGGGCGUCUUUUUAGCGGAUGUAUUGUUCAAAGCAGCUAAGGAUCAAAAUUUAUACAACCCGGACAGCAAUGGAGAAAACCAGCUUGGUUUUGCUCCUACUCAAAUCAAUGCCUAUGAUGGCUAUCGCUAUUCGGCUGCUCAGGCCUACAUCCGACCGAUAAAACUUCGCCAUCGCAAAAAUCUCCGUAUUGUCUCCAAUGCCCAAGUGAGGAAAGUCAUUAUUGACGCAGUAACAAAAACAGCGACUGGUGUGGAAUUUAUGGUAGCCGAUGGUCGUGCAUCAUCCGUUGUGAAAACCGUGAAUGCGCGUAAGGAAGUCAUCGUAUCUGCCGGUGCAUUGAAUUCACCUAAGCUGCUGCUACUCAGCGGUCUGGGACCAAAAGAAGAACUGGAAGCUCUUGGCAUCGAAGUUCUAUCUGAUUUACCUGGCGUGGGGCGCAAUCUACAAGAUCAUCUGCAAAUUCAAAUGGUUUUCACGUGUAACGAUUCGCGAAUGGGCAUGACUUUGGAGGAUUACGCCAGUGUUGACGAAAUGAAGCAGUAUGCUGCCAAUGGUACCGGAUUAUUUUCCAUGUCAAAUGUAGUAAGCUUUGGAUUUUUUCGCAUUCCUGAGCUGGCGAAAAAGUUUCCAGGCACACCCGAUUCAUUUCCACACAUACAGGCCGCAAUCGUAAACACCGCUGUAUUUCCGCCUCAUGAGUUGGUUUUGCGACAAAACAUGGCUCCUGAGACCAUUCCACAAUACUAUAACACCCCUGAAAACAUGCAAAAGCCUGGUUUCAUAAUUUCGCCACUGUUUCUUCAUCCAAAAUCCAGAGGAAGCAUACGACUGUCUAGUGCAGAUCCUUUGGCGUCACCAGUGAUCGAUCCGAGAUUCUUGUCUGAUGAAAUUGAUGUUAUGGUUUAUGCAAAAGGUUUUAAAUACAUUGCCGACUUCUUCAUAAAUUCCGAAUUUGCCAAAAUUGGAACAACUCCCAAUUUUCCCGUGUUUCCUCGUUGUGCUGCCAUUCCUCCCGGUACCGAAGAGUUCUAUGCCUGUGUUAUCAAAUUCGCAUCGCGGUCGGCCUACCAUGCAGUGGGAACAUGCCGGAUGGGAGAUGUCAACGAUACGCGCACAGUAGUCGAUCCGAAAUUAAGGGUUAAAGGAAUCAAAAAUCUGCGCGUGGCCGACGCGUCAAUCAUGCCGACGAUAAUCAGCGGUAACACACAUGCACCAACAAUAAUGGUUGGCGAAAAAGCAGCGGAUUUGAUCGCAUCAGCAUGGCACGCAGCAGUCAAACAUACGGAGCCAGAACCACUAAUCACAGAUUCAGUUAGCGCAAAAGAUUUAAAAGUCUGACGGAAACACAAUGGAUAAGUUAAAAAAUCAUUCCGGAUUCGUAGUGCAAAUAACGUAAAUCGGAUCCCACAAUUCGAUCUGUUCCACCCGCAUCUCCAUAAUUUCAGCCGUCUGCAGGAGGAAACAUCCGAGUUAUUUGGGUUUCUCUUUGUAGAUCACCGUUGUAAUAUUUUGUCCGUGCUUGAUCAGAAUUUGCCUAUAAAAAGCCAUGACGACUGUUUAGCAAAUAUAGUCCCUUGUUCAGUAGGUGUUAGACUGUGUUAGAAUGGUUACGGGAUUAAACUCAUUUAAGACUCAAAAAAAAUACUUCAAAGUAUACAAA